AUGCCUCAAGUUCCCAACGCCGAACGGUACCGUCACGAUCCGAGGAAGUCAGGAGAUGUCAGAAUAUGCUUCGUUGCCGAGCACAAGCUACGUCAUUCAUCCCAAACCUGCGUCAUCGCCGCAGCUUCUCCGACCGUCGAAUCCAGCCUCCCGCCCCAGAGCGAGCCCCCUCGAGAGUUGGUCAGCCAGGAGAACAUCGACGACCGGGAUCCAGAACGCUGUGUUGGGAUCGGCACGGAAAUCUCGACCGAGUUAAGGACGAACUGCUCACCUUCUUGGGCGAACGCGUCCACCUUCGCAUGGAGCACGGAUGACAUGGUCGGCAUCAACCCAGCCGUUACCAGCCACGAGCUAAACGUCGACCCGACGUUCAAACCGAUAAAACAGAAGCGGAGAAAGUUGGGCCACGAUCGCGCUCAAGCGGUAAACGACGAGGUCGAGCGCCUAUCCAAAGCGGGUUCUAUCGUCGAAGUGCGUUACCCGGACUGGCUCGCGAACCCGGUCGUGGUGAAGAAGAAGAACGGCAAAUGGCGUGUCUGCGUGGAUUUCACCGAUCUCAACAAGGCGUGCCCCAAAGAUAGCUACCCGCUCCCGCAUAUCGAUCGGCUCGUAGAGGCAACGGCAGGGAACGAGCUACUAUCCUUCAUGGAUGCUUUCUCCGGUUACAACCAGAUCCAGAUGCACCCGACGAUCGGGAGAAAACAGCUUUCAUAA